AUGACGGUGAUCACAAUUCGGUUGGUUGGAGAACAAGAAGAUCGUUUAUUCGAAGGAAUUGACGUGGAUAAUAAGGUUUUACUUUGAUUAUUUAUUCUGAUUGACUUAUUUUAUUUGUAUCUUUUCAGAUUCUAUACGUUGACCUAAAGAAGCGUAUUGAGACUAUUACGAAGAUUCCCCUCGACUUCCAAGAAGUCCGAUUCCGUGGUGAAAAACUAUCCGUUGUGGAGUAUCUUAUUCGAGACAUCAAGUUUGGCGAAGAGCUUGUAGUGGUAAGUCGAAUGUAUAUGUUUAGAAUGUACUGUUUAUUGCUAGGAUGUAUAAUUUUAUUUAUGACAUAUAGACAGCAUUAUAAAUUAUUAUUGUUUCAGAAACACGCAUCACUUCCUCAAUGGCAGAAUUACUUAACGAUAGUGCAAAAGUAUCGUGAAGACAAGAAAAAUCGUUCAAGGCAGGAAAAAGCUGUUGAAGCUAAUGAGCAAGCGAAACAAUCAUACGAUAUGAAGUUUUUCUCUGCUUAUGCGACAUUCUAUUCGGAUUUGCUUCGUAUGCGAGAGGAGUAUGCCGUUUUUCUGGACAAUAUUCCUGAUUUCAUCAGAGAAGCAGCCAAAACGUUCUUCACGCGCAAGUUUCAUGACAAGUUGAUCGGUGUCCAAUUCAAGGAUAAAGCCUCUGGUAUGCUGAGUUUAUUAAUCAUUGAUUUGAUUUUAAAAAUAUUUAGGUUCACGGUCUGGCACUGUCUGUACUGUUAGUUAUGAUGAUUGUCGCCACGUCUAUUAUAUCAAGACUAAUCAUAACGCAUCUAGUAUAUCGAGUAAGCUCAAUUGUAGUGAAUCAAUUUAAUCAACAAAAUCUAAAAUUUAGCUACUCAUCGUGAGCCUCUAAACAUGAUUGAGUUGUUCGUGUACAAACUUUUGGAAGUCAUGAAUAUUGGGGCCAUGAUUUAUUUUAUCCCAAAUCUGGUUGCGUCAAACAAAAUUGUUUAUAUUUGUAGCAGAGAGAUUUGUGGAUUCAAAACUUUGGCGAUGCUGGAGAAACAUUGGUAAGUGCUUUCAAAAUAUUAUGAUUGAUUUCGAGUUUCAAUAUUUUUUUUCCACUGUGUGUGUUUAGUGAUGUUUAUGAACGUGAAACUGUCAAGCACAAAGAAGAUCAUGCUAAAGCCAUCAUCCAGAUAUCUUUACUGGUACAAAUUCUUGGGAUAGGCGAUCUGAAUGCAGAAAACAUUCAUCGGAAACAGUUCCUGCUUAAAUGUUGUGGAUUUUCGAUCAGGAUUCAUCGAUAGCUCAAUUGCAUUUGGAGGGAUUAAUCGUCCAAAAUCAGCAUUAAGUUUGGUUGCCCAGCUGCGAAUGAACCUGGGAAGAUUUUCGGAUUUUUUUCAGGUUUGUGUUUUUGCAUUGAUGAAAAUCAUGAAUCUUUGCUUUCAGAGAAUGACGUACGAGGAACAGCUCAGAAUCGCAAAGGAGUUUAUUGAUCAAUGUGGAAUCAGUUUGAAGUUGGAUGAAGCGCUUGCUAAGCUGGACGAAGAUAAGGAAGUGUUCCGUCGAUCAGAUUUACUGUUUAGCAAAGGAACAGAAGCUCUAGGAGAAUACAUAACUAUUGUUCGAGAGAAGAUAACUCAAAUUUGUAAUUUAUGUUUUUGCUGUUGUUGAACAAUUGUCGAAUAAUUUAAUUUCAACACCAUCCCAGCACUCUUCUAACAUCUCAUUCCCACAUACAUUCUCCGGAAGAAUUGAGCCGUUAAUUACGAGUACUGUAUUUGUAUUUGUAGUGUAUUUCUGUGUUUUUCAUAAAAAUUUCUUGAAAGUUCUUGAUUCCUAAUGAGUUUACUAAUUCUAGGAUAUCAAGGUCGGUUAAAGGCUUUAGAUCUUUUGAAAAGCGCAUUUAUUAAGCAUUAUUUUUAUUCAAAUUCGUUAGCGCAUUUUUCUCGACCAUCUCGACCACUGGAUUUCGACCACAUUUUUUUAUAACGCACUUUUCGACCUUUUGACCAUUUUUAAAAAUAGUUGAAAAUGACACAUUUUUGAUGAGUUAAGACUUGUUUAUGUUAAAAAUAUGCCUUAAAAUGGCUUAAAAGUGUAGAAAAUCGAAGGUGGUCGAAAAGGUGCGCUGGAACGGUAUUUUAUCUAUUAUUUCCAUUCAAUGUUGAUUCGAUUUGACUCUUUAGUGAUAUGAUUUUCUUUCAAUCGUGACCCUUAUAGAGGUCUCUUCCGAAAUUUUCAAAUUGAAUUUUCUCUGAACCUCUCCCUUUCCCGCACUCUCUACUCAUCAAAACGAUAAUUUUCGAAGCUUGUUCAGAAUGAGGCUCAAAUUAGGGCCAAGAAGAACCCAUAGUCGCGUCCUUUUCGGCAUCGUCAUGGCAACCUCCAUUCCCGCCACGCCGAUUCACCUUUUAUACCUGUUUAACUCACGCUAAAAAGCCUGUUUCAAUCAGAACAAUGUCGGAUGUUGAGGUGGAUGACGAUAAAGACGACGAGAAGAUUUUGAAGGUUUGCUUUAUUUUUGUUUUAUGACUGUUGGUCUUUUUCAAGCAUUUUGAAGGCUUUUAAAGGUUUUUAGAGUAUUUUGAAUUUAUUUGAAGGUUUUUAGAGACACGGCGUUCUGCGUAGUCGAAGAAAAUGUAAAAUUUUUGAAAAUGUGGAGCGGCUUGGAAGGGUUGCUCCACCUAGAUUUACGGUAGACAGCUUGCGCGCGAACAUUUGAAUUUCUUGUUGCUCAAGUGCUUCAGGUGAUUUUUCAUUUUUAUUUCAGUUUUAUCUUCAUCUGUUUGGUUCUGAUUUACGGUAAUUAUUUUUCAUUGCGACAGCAAAAUGCGAAGGAAUUUUUGUUUUUUAAUUGUCAAUAUUAACUGCUCGGUUUUGACAAAAUUUCCCCUUUAAGCAAAAAAAAAACCCUUUCAGCAACAUUUUCUGUGUCAAAUUAAAUUUUUUAUUUGAAUCAAUCAAUCUCUUCAUUUUCGCAACAUCAGAAUGGUAUGGCGAUGAUGCAGGGGAGAAAAAAAUACCACUAGGUGGAUGAAAUAAAAGCAAACCUGUAAAGAAAAACUUUUUUUAUUUUUUUUAGUGAGUGGGGAAAGACGCAUAGAACCACAUUAAGUCAUUUUCGGCAUAAAAUUCCACGUUUUUUUACUGAAAAAAAGGACUUUAACUAAUUUUUGAGGGUGAAAAGGAAAAAAAGUGUUAAAAAAAUAAGAAAAAAACUUUCACCCAAAUGUUUUUUUCGUCAACUAGAAAAAGGAAUUGUGAAAGGAUCAAUUUUUUUCACGUCUAUAGUUUUGAAAAAACGCUAUUUUUUGAAGAAAAAAAUUAUUUUUGAAUUUAAUGAGUAUGCGAGUUAGCGUCGUUCUGUGUAUGCACAAAAGACGUCAAAUAUUACGGAAAUUGUGGGAGGGACGUCGUCAAAAGAACGCCGUGGAGAACUUUAAAAUGAUUUUGAAGAUAUUAAAAAGUAUAAUUAUUUUCGAUCGUUUCUAGGUUUUUUUUUCAUCAAUAACUAUGUUUUUCAGUAAAAUAUAACAUUAUACGUACAAUUUAUUUUUUCCAAUUAUUUUCUAGGUUUUCGUAAACCUUUUCACUUUCUUGAUAAGACCUUUCCAACCAAAAAUCUGAAAAAUGUCCCUAGAAAAGCCUUUUUCAAACCCUUCAUCACGUUUUUAGUGUUAGGGAGUUUUCUCGUUUUAAUUUGCUUUUUUUUCUAACAAUAUUCAGAAAACUUGGACUUUCAAGUAAAAUGAGUCGGUUUUUUUUUCUUUUUCAGAACCUGUCUAUCUUCUUGCUGAGUCUUCUAAAAAUCUGAAUAAGUGGCUUUUUCAAAAAUUUUGUUAUUGUUUUCUUGGUAUUUUUUCUAGUUUUAAAAGUUUCAUACGGUUUUUAGAAACGUUGAAAAUAAAUUUUAGAAUAUCUGUGAUUUUUUUCGAAAAAAACUAGCGAUGAAUUCGUGUCGAGUUUUUUUAAAGACGGUAAUUUUUCUUGGAUUUACUGUGAAUGUUUUUUUACAGAUUGUCGUUGUUGGAGACGGCGCCAGUGGAAAGACUUCAAUAUGUCAGCGUUUCGCCAAAGAAACUUUCGAUAAAUCUUAUCAUCAGGUAUGAUUUUAUCGUACAGUAUUACAUAGUUACCUAAAAGAAGCUAAUUUUAUUAACUGACUUAAAAAAGAAGUUUAUUCAUUUUUUUCAAUCUUUAAUGAUUUGUUUUCGUUUUCCGUUAUUUUUUUUUAUCCUUUUGUCUUCCCUCUUCAUUUAACAAGCUUUUUUAAUGUCAUUUGUUCCUUUUUCAUUUUUGGAGUCUUUUCCUAUGUGACAUUGCUAUUGAACAGCGUUUCAAGAUGUUUAAAGGUGCAUACGCGAAUUUAAUGAUGGUUUCGAAGAGAAAAUCAACUUUUCGUGAUAUAUUCAGGCAUCGUGCGCCUUUAAACACCUUAAAACGCGUUUGGACCAGCUAUGACCUUUUAAAGUAUUUUUGUUUACUUCAUGAAACGUUUUUCUGAUUUUUUCAGACGCUUGGCCUGGACUUUUUCUCGAGAAGAUUGAUCCUUCCCGGUGAUGUUCAAGUACAAGUUCAGGUUGGUUUCUUUUUGGGAUUUUUAUAUAAUUUGUUUGAUUUUUUUCAAGUCCUUUUUAGUCUAUACCACGCUUUAAAAGGAAAAAUGUCUUCUAGCAUUAAAUUUCAGCAUUUUUAGGCUGGCGAGCCAAUCAGAAGGCUGUUUCCUAGCUUGAAAAGGUGAAAUGAACCAAUUUAUCAUGAAAUCUUCAGGUCUGGGACAUUGGCGGGCAAAGUAUCGCCGGCGAAAUGGUGGACAAGUACGUGGCCGGGACAGAUAUCGCCUUCAUCGUCUAUGACGUCACGAAUGUCAAAUCCUUCGACAAUGUUCAAGAUUGGCUCUCUGUUGUCAAACGCGUCACAAAGAACCAGGAAAAGGUUGAAAUUUGGUUUUCUUUGGGGCGAUCUGAUUGAUUUGUAGAGUUUUAUUUCUCUUUUUUGAAAUUAUUUUUCAUUUUUCUUAUUUUUCACAGCGAUACUCUAGGGCCUCCUAGUUCCAUAAAGAAGAUUUUUACCUUCUAGACAUGGUGAAACGUUUUAGAAUCUGAAAACUACACACAUUUUGAAAAAAGGGGUUAUUUGAAGCUUAAGAAGCGUUGACUCGACUGGCAAACAGAAUUUUAAAAAUUCUUCAUUUUUUGAAAUCUGGAGGCGCUGCAGUACAUUUCAGAAAUAUUUUACCAAAAGUUCAAUCAAAGAGCGUAAAUAAUUAAGGUGUGCGUGAGAGAAGUUUUGAAACAAAAGAGAAUAACUUCCGAAAAAAUCUUUAUGAUUAUUUUCUUGAUACGAACUGUUUUCAGCUUCCUCAAAUCAUCCUCGUCGCGAACAAAACCGACCUGGAGGAGAAAAGAGUCGUUCCCAUUGAUCAGCACAACACUUUGGCCAAGAAAUACGAUAUGAAAGCGAUUUAUGUUUCGGCAAAGACCGGCGAUUCAGUUCUGCUCAUGUUCAAGUAAAAUUUUCAUUCAAAACUACAAAAAUUAUCAUUAUUUCAAGACAAGCGGUCGCUGACGUUCUCAAAAUUGUUCUCACCAAAGCCGACCAAGAAGCCGAUAUUUUAAUCGUUCAAGGAACUGUCGCAGAUGCAGCAAAGGUAUUCAAAGAAAAAUAUUUUUUUCAAAAAAGUACAAGUUUAAACGUUUUGCAGGUUCACGAAGGCGCGAAUCUUCGGAGGACAGAUCGCAGCAAAAAUACGGCUGUUUGUCUUGUUAUGUGAUUGUAAUAAACGUUACUAUCAAAUUUUUCCAUGGAAAUGGCAUGAAAAAGCUUCGAAAUUUAUUUUAGCAGGUUACGGUAUCUCCAAUGGACGCUUGCACUCCCGCAAAAAUGCAUACUCCCAACUUUUUUUUCACUUUUUUUUUCGCGCGCGCUUUCGCUUCAAUCCAUGCAAAUUUGUUCUCUCUUUUCUCUUUCUCCGUUCUCUUUGUUUUCCAAUCCAUUGUAUUAGUUCUUCCGCGUCUGGUACAAUUUUCGCUCCGAAGAAUUUUGAGUUGAGAAGAAAAAAAAAUUCUGCCGUAAAUUCCAUCUUUUCUCUGUUCGUUUCCUUGACCAGUAUACUUUUUUACAACUGCUAAAAACUUUACUUGUUUUGCAGAAAUGUCAGAGUUAUUCCUUGGCCAUUCAUAUUGAGUUGAGAGGUGUGUAAUAACGGCGGAGAUGUCACGUUUUGACGAUUCGUUUGACCCGACGUUCCAAUCGACGUCAAAAGUUUGUCACUUUCUGUUUUUUGUGAGAGAAAAUGGAGUAAUUGUAGAAAAUAAACAUGUAUUCGGCGUCGGAACGGGAUAAACGAUUAGACGAGACUUCCUAUGACAAUUAUCCGGACGAUCAUCACGUCGCCCAGGAUUUUAGUAAAGAGGAGUUGGUCCGGCUGAUCGUUUUGAUGGAGGGAGAAUUGGAAGGUCGCGAACAGGUCAUCGACCACUUGAAGGUUAGAUUUUGGUAUUUUUCAUGGGUUUUGUUGCGAAAAAAUCCCUGGAGAUUCAUUAAAAUAUUUUAUUUUGAGCUUCUUAAUGCGUCAGAUUUUUUUAUCAAUUUGCUUGAAAAAGGCGUCAGAGAGUUCCCUUUGGUCUAAAUAGCUUUUUUUCUCAAAUGUGUAAAAAAAUCUUUAUAUAUAAAGAUGUGACUGCACUUGAAAAAAAUUUUUACAGUUAGAAAAAAAUUUUUCGGCUCAGUUUCCUUAUAAUAAUUCAAUACAUACAAAAAAAUGAAUCAAAGAAUUGUUCAUUAUGAAAAAAUUACCGAAAUGGAUAAAAAAAUGUUUCUCUCUUCAAUUUUCACUGAACUUUUUUUAAAGAAUCUUUUUUUCCAACCUUUGAAGAAUUUUUUUCAGAAAAAAAGUCUUUUGAGGGGUUUUUUUCAGUGAGAAAUUCAAAAAAUAUUGAGUUCAUUUUAGAAAAAAUCCAAAUUGUUUCCAGAAAGAACGAACGAAAAUUCUAUUGGCCGAGGCGAAAUACGGCAAACUCAGCGUAAAUGAUCCAUUUUCGGCUUUGAGACGAGAUUCGGCGGUAACCGAGGAGUACUUCGACGAGCAGCAAAUCGGUCAAAUGUACGAAUCUCAGGUGAUUUUUAUAAAUUCGUCCAUAGUUUUGAGGUAAAAAUUUUUUUUUAAGGUUGCCCAGCUUGAUCGGCUCAUCGCCACGCAGAGGAAGCUUCAGAACAAAUCGAAAUUGGUAAAUAUUGUUCAUUUUUUUUAUAUUUUGUGCAAAAUUAUAGGUUUUUUUUUACGGUUUUGACUAGUUUUCAGGGUUUUUCAUAAUUAUUCGAAACUUUGAGUUUUUUUCAAAAAGUUUUUUUAAAUUUUGAUAUCUUUUUUUCUUUCUUAAUUUUUUUACUUUCAUUUUCUAAUACUUUUUUUAAAAAAACUGUUCUUUUUUUCAACAAAAAAAUUUGAAUUUUUUUCUUCAUUUUACCAUCAUUUUCAAACAUUAUAUCAAUUGAUUUCCUGAUUUUUUUACCUUUUAUUUUAUGGUAGUCUUGCAGGAAGACUUUUUUUCUUACAAAAAUUUCUGAAAUUUAAGCUCCUUUUUCCUUGUUUUUUUCGAUUUUUUUAAAUUUUAAUCUAUUCACCGAUUUUCAACCUAACUUCACAUUAGUUUUUUUCAAAAAAAUUGUAUUUUUUUACUCAAAAUUUUCGAAUUUCAGCUCCUUUCUGCCACUGAAAAAAACGGCAUUUGA